UAUUCUUAUAAAAAUCUUUUAUUUCAUUCUUAUGUUUCUUUUUUUUUUCAUCGUAUAGUUCCAUAUUCACCACCCGAAGAUUUUAUUAUUAAAACUGUUGAUACAUGGACUCCAACUGAUGCUGAUCGAAUUCAUCUUGAACCAACACAAGGUCGUCGAAAUAGUCAUGGUCGUUCUGAAACACGUUAUAAAAAUGGUUCAUUUCGUCAAGUAUUAAAAUGGGAUCGUUCGUUAGGUCAAUAUGGUGAUGGAAAUAAUGCAUUUCGUGAACCAAAUAGUGUUGCAUGGCUUGAAUCUAGCAAAAUAGCUGUUGUUGAUACAAAUGCUCAUUGUAUUAAAGUCUUUCAUAGUGAAACAGGUCAAUUUGAAUAUUCAUUUGGUCGUGGACGAACAUUAGGUUGUCAAAAUUUACUUUAUCCAUAUCGUAUAGCUGUUGUACCAGGUGGAAAUGAUGAAUUAGUUGUUAUUCAACGUCAUCCACGUCCACAAAUUCAUGUCUUUAGUUGUUCAGGAGAAUUUAUUCGUCGAUUUGGUCAACAUUUAGAAAAACCACGUGCAUUAACUGUUGAUCAAUCACAUCGUAUUAUUGUUAUUGAAUCACAAGUACAAAAAUUACAUAUAUUUUCAUUAGAUGGAAAAAUUCUUUCAUUAUUUCAUUUAAAUGAACAUUUACAAUUUCCAACAUCAAUUUGUUCAAAUAAUUAUGAAAUAUUUAUAUCUGAUAAUCAUCUUCAUACAAUUAAAGUAUUUUCAUAUAGUGGACAAUUGAUACGUGAAAUCAAAGAAGCAAAUUAUAUAACAUAUCCAACAAAUAUUAAAUUAAAUUCGAAAGGACAAUUAAUAACAAUUGAUAAUCAUCAAGGUUUAAAUAUAACUGUUUAUGAUGAAUAUGAACAAAAGAAACGUUUAGGUGCAUAUACAGCUCGAAUCUGUCAUUCACAAAUUCUUGAUGUUGCAAUAGAAUCAAAUUCAAAUAUUCUUCAUUUAGCAUCAAAAGAUUAUCGAGUUUAUACAUAUCAACUUCCAUUGUAA